AUGACGUAACGCCGGGAAGCGCUCGCGCCACUACCACUACUACUACUAGUAGGCUAAGUACCGGCGGCGAGGCGGCGGCGCUGAAGAGGACGAGCGAGAGUGAGCGGUCCGGGGGCACACAAACUGGGAGAAGAAACGGUCGGAAAGAGAAGAAACCAUGCCUGCAGACAUCAACAAGGGAAAGAAAACCUUUGUCCAGAAAUGUGCCCAGUGCCAUACUGUGGAGAAUGGCGGAAAGCACAAGGUCGGGCCAAACCUCUGGGGUCUUUUCGGACGCAAGACGGGGCAAGCGCAGGGCUAUUCCUACACGGAUGCCAACAAAAGCAAGGGCAUUACCUGGAAUGAGGAAACCCUCAUGGUUUACUUGGAGAAUCCCAAGAAAUACAUUCCGGGAACGAAGAUGAUCUUCGCCGGCAUCAAAAAGAAGAACGAACGAGCCGAUCUCGUGGCGUAUCUGAAGUCUUCAACCUCCUGAGGAGCUCUUCCGUGUCCAGCGCAUUGCCAUUCGUGAUGGACUUUUAUCUGGAGGGGGGGAAAAAAAAAAUCUUUCAAGAAGCCAAGACUUUUCAUCGUCUUACGUCUCCGUUUUCUUAUGCCUCGCAGAGAUGCUGCGACCGCCUCGGCACGGGGCAGAACUGCAGGCACCUUCAGUAGAAUUGGUAUAUCGGGUAUUUUCCACAUUUUUGAUGCCUUCCUUCAUUCCGAUGGAGUCAAUGAUAUCGCCUGGUUUUAUCAGGAACUUUUUAAAAAAAUAUAUAAUUUAUUAACUUUUUGUAUCAUAUAACCUAGAGAGGGAAGGCUAUGCAGAAUAUUUGUUAGUGAAAUGUGUCAGCUAGUACCCCCACCCCCCCACCCCCCUCACACACACACACACACACACACACACAAAAAGGCAUCUGGUUUGAUGAUCUACCUGUCUUAAUCAAUUGUCCAGCGGACAUCUGUUCCAAGUGUGUGCUUUGAAGGUUCUGUCCUCGCUCCAGAUUCGGAUAAUGUGUUACACCACAACUGUUCUCAACUUUGAAUGUCAUGAUUGAUACGGCCAAAUGAAAUAAAAGACACCU